AUGAUUGUGGAGAGGCAUGAGGUGGAUGGGAUGGCCUUCAUUCAGCAGGAGAGCGGGCCCUUCGGCAGCGGCUUCGCAGAGACGGGCAGCUUGCUCGGGACCUUGGCCCUGCUGGCGCCAGCGCUGGCGGCCUACCGGCUUGGGCGCUGGUGGUUUGCCGCCAUCUUCGCCAUUUCCGCCCUGCUGAGCUUUGUCUAUGAGGUUCUCCACCAAGAGCUCCUUCCACUGCAAGCGGCAGGCGUGUGGCUGCGUCUGCUUGAUCACGGAGGCGUCUACUUCUGCUGCUUGCAGCUGGGCUUUGUGGUGCUCGGCCCGGAGGAGACCCGACCAUCGAGCAGGGCAAGCUGGAUGGCAACGCCUUGGACCUGGUGGCUGCUCGGGUGGUGCCGGCGCUGGCCAUGUCUCUGUUUCUCCUCACCCGCUCCUCUUGGCUGGACCUCGCAAUGCAUGAUCCUGCUGGACGUGCUUUGGCUGCUAGGCUUCGCCGGCUUUUGGCUGCAGCCAGCACGCCGGCACGCGGCCACCGAGGUGCUGCUGAGGAGCCGCUAUUGGCUGCGGCUCUGGAAGCAGGCCAUCGCGCCCACUGCGGUGAUCAGCGUCUUUCUGGCAAGGGACGCGGCAGCUCUUCGUGUGAAUGCCGUCGUCUUGCGCUUGCACAGCGGGCCUCUCGAGCGUGUCUCCAGCGCCUUCCGCCUGUCGCGCAGCCCGGACCUCGAGUCGAUCGAGUCGAUCGUGUCGAUCCGUCCUCGUCCGAGGCUUCGGGGCUUCGGGGCGGUUGAAGUGCCGGGUGCAAACCUCAUGGUCCCUCCCCGGGAGUUCCACUUCCGGCAGUGA